GAUUUGUGAAAAGUUAACACUUAGUUUGUUUGUCGCUAAGUAGUAUCAGUGAAAUACAAUUUGACAUAUGCAUCCGGUUUUAGUUUUCCUUUCUCGGUGAUUGAUCAUAUUGGAUCACACCUUGAUUAAGUAACUAUACCUUCCAAUUUGUCGAAACUAAUUGUCACAUGUUAAUUAGUAAUAAUUUUUGUUACGGAGAAUCCUAUUUGACUAAGUUGAAUGAGAAGAGCGAGUAUGUUGUUUAUAUUCCUUUCGGUUUUCCCUAGAUGAAUUACAAAAAUCAAACAACUAGUUUGGACGUCUGAUAUAUUGUCAAGAUCUUGUAUGUUCUUUUCUGUUUUCCCAAAACAGAGUUAAUGAGGGGAACUCAACUAGUCCCAGACCUAUAUAAAGGAGGAGUGUCGUUGAAGAUUGACAGCUCUUAGUCUUACUAUGAUGAAUACUGAUUUAGGAUCCUGAAAUAGAGUGGAAUGGAUACACAGGAUCCGUAUAGAGAAUUUCCAAGUAGUUCAUUGAUCUACUGAUUUAUUGGCAGCGGCCAGUGAUUUGAAGUUGGACUGUGCAGAUUAAAUUUGUAGCAUCCUGGCUACUAAGUUGUUGCGCAAGACUUUUUGUCAGGAUUUCCGAGGGCAAUAUUUCCCCGGUAAAAAUGACACUUCAGACAAAACAAAUAGACUUGUCUAAUAAUGAUUCUUCUCUGAUACCUUAUGCUGCACUUGAACAUAUCCGUACACCUAUUUCUGUUUUUCUCCCACUUGAUGAGACUCUGGAGCUUAUUGUCCUUAACUUUGUUUGGGCAGGAAUUUGUAGCCUUGAAGAUCCAGAAAAGUGCACCACAAUUUGCUCAAGCUGCUCUUCACGAAAUUGAAGUCCUUUCUGCUAUUGCCGAUGGUGAUCCCUCUAAUAGUAAAUAUGUUGUUAGACUUAUUGACCAUUUUAAACAUACAGGCCCAAAUGGACAGCAUUCAUGCAUGGUCCUUGAAUUUCUGGGUGACAACUUAUUGCGUCUCGUCAAAUAUAAUCGUUAUAAAGGCCUUGAGCUGGACAAAGUUAGGGAAAUAUGCAAGUGCAUUCUAACUGGUCUAGAUUAUUUGCACAGUGAACUUGGAAUUAUUCAUACAGACCUAAAACUUGAAAAUGUUCUUUUACUUUCCACGAUUAAUGCCACGAAGGAUCCAAUUAGAUCGGGAACACCGCCCAUACUUGAAAGGCCUGAAGGGAUCCCAAAUGGAGGAGCAACAAUGAAUAUUAUUGAGAAAAAGCUAAAACAAAGGGCAAGGAGGGCGGCAGCCAGGAUAUCCGGUAAAAGGGCUUCAAUGGGUGGGGUGGGAGGAGGUGCGAAAACAAAUAGAAGUCUUGAUGGGAUUGACUUGAGGUGCAAGGUUGUGGAUUUUGGAAGUGCAUGCUGGGCUGACAAGCAGUUUGCACAAGAAAUUCAGACACGACAGUAUAGGUCUCCAGAAGUUAUACUUCAGUCUGGAUAUUCCUUCUCUGCUGACAUGUGGUCUUUUGCUUGUAUUGCAUUUGAGCUUGCCACUGGUGAGAUGAUGUUCACACCCAAAGGUGGACAAGGUUUCAGUGAAGAUGAGGAUCACCUUGCUAUGAUGAUGGAGCUUCUAGGAAAGAUACCUCGGAAGAUAGCCAAUGGUGGGGCUCGAUCUAAAGAUUACUUUGACAGAUAUGGAGAUUUGAAGAGGAUCCGGAGGCUAAAGUAUGGGUCUUUAGAAAAAUUACUUACUGACAAGUUCAAAUUUUCUGAAAUUGAUGCUCUUGAAUUUGCCAAAUUUCUUUGUCCGCUUCUUGAUUUUGAGCCAGAGAAUCGACCAACUGCUCAGCAGUCCUUGCAACACCCAUGGCUCAACAUUAACAGUCUAAACCAAACAGAGGUGAAGAGUGAUUCUUGUAUGGAAAAGGUUAAUGUCGGGAUGAAAAACCUACAAUUGAAGGCCGGUAAGUGAAUGGAUGGUCUUCUCACUGCAGCACCUCUCCAUUGACCUCUCUCCCCAGUAUCAGAUUACUUGUGAAUUAAUUUUGGAUUGUUUUAUGGUUUAAUUAGAUUCAAGUCAUUGGUAGACUUAGAUGUAUUAUUUUGAUUGAUUAUCACGAGGAAACAACCUCCAAUAGGAGAAAUUGGCAUCGGUCCUGAAAUAUUCCUAGUUGAAGCUUCCACUUGUUUUAAUGAUGUUGACAUUCACCAAAGAGACAAUCCUUCAUUCCUCUAACAAAUAAGUUGGCCAUGUUCUAUUGAAGGCCCGGAGGACCAAGCAAGCUACAGAGUUAGUAGUAUAUGGCAUCAUCUGGACUCAGCAUUAUCAAUACAGGAAAGAGUCUUUAGCAGCCUGUAGAAAACAUUAAUGGGAGCCUCUUGAUAUGGAGUGUGUUAUGUACAUUAAACAUUAAAAGAAUUGGAUUCUGUGGAGGAAGUAUAUUCUCCAUUUCUGCAGGUAGGAAAGAAUUCUUUUCUCUUUUGAUUUUAACCCAGGUUGAAGUCUUUGUAACAACUGAUAUAUACAUAUUUUUAUAUACAUCACUGAAAAUAUUAGGUGCCA